AUGGACAUCAAACUCAUGACAAACUCUUGGGAAACGAAAGAUAUAGCAUUCUAUAUCACUCUCUACAUCGCCAAGAAGCAAGUCCAGGCAGCUAACGCCUCCGCCAUCCUCGCCACUAGCAAAGUGUUUUCCGCGAAAGAGCAUGUGGUGUCAGCAGAGAACUCUAUUGAGAAAGUCAACAAAAAAUUACUGCAGCAAUGUGCGAACACACUAAGUCGUCAGUACGAAUUGAGCGGUCCCGAGGUAAUCAGCUACCUGAUGGGGUGGGGGGACCGCUACAUUUCGCACACAUUUGUCAAAAUUUAUUGGGAUAUUGUCACCGCGACGUUGUGCCGCGCCUAUCCAACCCUUUCAAACAAGACUGGACGGGAAACAGAUUCACGUGGUGCUUACGCGAAGACGGACUCACGUGCUUCUUAUGUAAGACAGACCAACACGCGCAUUGCACAACUUGAUGUUAAACAGCUAGGUCGCCUGAGGGUGAACAACGGUCAAAUCUGCUUACAAGAUCAACUAGGUCAAUAUGCAGAUAGAGGUGAAGGGCUUCUUGGAAUGAACGUCUACGAAUUCUUCACCAGAACAUACCACGACAGUCGUACGGUGGUCACUUAUCAAGCAGAGCCAGAGCCCGGUGAAUCCAAACGUCCAGGCAGACCCCCAAGUGAACGCUUUCCAUACCUACCUCAAUCAGAGAGAAAAGGAGCAAGAAUGGUCCGUGGCGCAAAACAGGAAACUGCAUUGCACAUCGUUGGACGGUGGCUCCCUAACAGAGACGACGCUAACCAGGAAUACUACUCAGCACAGAUUCUUCUGCUGUUGAAGCCGUGGCGCGUUCUCGCAGACCUGAUGGGUGUGCAUGAGAGCUUCCUGAAUGCUCGCUUGGCCUUUGAAAGCGAAUGCAAUGCUGAAAUUCAUCGGAUAAUCGCCAACCUUCAAUAUUACCACGAGUGCUCAUCCAGCGCUAAUCGCCGACGGCCCCAGUCCAAUAAUGAAACGGAGGAGAACGAUGAUGAUGAAUACGGAACGCACACUUCGCAGGACGUACAAUCGGUUACAAGAAACUACACAGAAGAGGAUGUGGAAAGAGCCCGCGCCAACAAGUACGCCGCAGCGGAACAACUGUACGGAAAACGAGCUAUGGAAGCGGCCUACUCGUCCGGGUAUCUUCGUCAAAUCAAAUCGAUCAGUAGCUGA